CGAGUCAAGACGCGAUGUUGGGGGAUUAAGCAAGGCUGCUAAAUGUUUUAGAAUUUCCCUGUAACACGUGACGCUUGAAAAUAGCGUCACUGUCCGAGGAUAAGGUCUGCUGGUGGGCGUGGUGCUGAGGUACGGGAUUCACGUCCCCAGAGACAUCAACAACAUGACUCUGAGCUGCCAUGUCAACGCCAGCCCGGCCACCCUGCUGGUCAACGUGAGCGGGAAGUUCUACGAGUACACGCUGAAGGGCGAGAUCAACGCCAACGAGGUCAGCAACGUGCAGGACAAUGAGAUGCUCCGAAAGGUGACCUUUGACCCUGAGGUGUUCUUCAACAUUCUGCUGCCACCUAUAAUCUUUCACGCAGGGUACAGUCUGAAAAGGAGACACUUCUUCAGAAACCUGGGGUCUAUCCUGGCUUAUGCCUUUAUUGGGACUGUCAUAUCCUGUUUUGUCAUAGGGAUGAUAAUGUAUGGAUGUGUGAUGCUCAUGAAGAAGGUCGGACAGCUGGGAGGAGACUUCUUCUUCACAGACUGUCUCUUUUUCGGGGCCAUCGUCUCUGCCACUGACCCAGUGACCGUGCUGGCCAUCUUCCACGAGCUGCAGGUGGACGUGGAUCUGUACGCGCUGCUCUUCGGCGAGAGCGUCCUCAACGACGCCGUGGCCAUCGUCCUCUCCUCGUCCAUCGUGGCUUACCAGCCUGCUGGAGAUAACAGUCACACCUUCGAGGUCACAGCCAUGUUGAAGUCCUUCGGGGUUUUCCUGGGAGUCUUCAGCGGGUCUUUUGCCUUGGGAGCAGCAACAGGAGUGGUGACUGCCUUGGUUACCAAGUUCACCAAGCUGCGCGACUUCCAGCUGCUGGAGACGGCACUCUUCUUCCUCAUGUCCUGGAGCACCUUCCUGCUGGCCGAGGCGUGUGGCUUCACAGGAGUGGUGGCUGUGCUGUUCUGUGGAAUCACCCAGGCGCAUUACACCUACAACAACCUGUCCCCCGAGUCGCAGGACAGGACCAAGCAGUUGUUUGAGCUCCUGAAUUUCCUCGCUGAGAAUUUCAUCUUCUCCUACAUGGGCCUGACACUCUUCACGUUCCAGAACCACGUCUUCAACCCCACCUUCAUCGUGGGAGCCUUUCUGGCUGUUUUCCUGGGGAGAGCUGCCAACAUCUACCCCCUCUCCUUCCUGCUGAACCUGGGCAGGAGGAACAAGAUUGGCUCCAACUUCCAGCACAUGAUGAUGUUUGCAGGCCUGCGGGGAGCCAUGACCUUUGCCCUCUCGAUCCGGGACACCGCCACGUACGCCAGUCGGAUGAUGUUCUCCACCACGCUGCUCAUCGUCUUCUUCACCGUCUGGGUCUGCGGGGGCGGCACCACGCAGAUGCUGUCCUGGCUGCGAAUCCGAGUUGGAGUGGAUUCAGACCAAGACAACUUGGCUGUUACAGAUGGAGGAGAACGGAGAAGUACCAAACAGGAGAGUGCCUGGCUCUUCAGGCACUGGUACAAUUUUGACCACAACUACCUGAAGCCCAUCCUGACGCACAGCGGCCCCCCGCUCACCGCCACGCUGCCCAGCUGCUGCGGACCCCUGGCCAGGUGUCUCACUAGCCCCCAGGCCUAUGAGAACCGGGAGCAGCUGAAGGACGACGAUUCGGACCUGAUCCUGAACGACAGCGACAUCAGCCUGACGUACGGCGACGCCACCGUCACCACCGACUCCUCGGGCUCGGCCGCCGCGCACCGCCCCGGCCCCGCGGGCUCCGACGAGGCGCUGGACAGCGAGCUGGCCUUCGGGGACCACGAGCUGGUGAUCCGCGGCACGCGGCUGGUCCUGCCCAUGGAUGACUCGGAGCCCUCGCUAGCCGCGCCCAGCCGCCACCGGGAGUGAACAGACCGCCCCCCCCCCCAUCCCCCCAUCUCUGCGUUUCUCACGGAUGGUCCCUCUUUUUUAUUCUUUAAUCCCUAGACGAAUUCUCCGUCCUCCGUCCCUUCUGCCUGUUUUUAAACCCCUCUCGUACCUUUGCGAUAUUUAUAUUUUUUCUAUUCUUAAAAAGUCGUCAGUGUUCGUCUGCACAGCUGUCGCCUGGUCCGCCGCGCGGCAGCCUCCUUCUGCAGAAAACGUCCGAGUAGCUCGAGAAGUGUUUGCUGUCUUGAAAAACAUGCAUGUGUGUCUCCCGCUUUUUCAAAACGGGGAAAGUCAACACAGCAGCCGAAGCUAAAGGCUGUUUAAUAUUAUUGUUCGUAUUUGCAUAUAUAACAAGGUGUGCUAUAACAGCUGCAGUUUGUUCUGGAUGUGGAACGCAUGGUCAUUAGGGUCUUCUGGUGUGCUUUGAUGAAGUUGGGUUGUAAGGUGUCUGUUCAGGCUGUAGGAUGUUUUAUUUGCUUAUAUCCGUGCAUACUUGGCAGUUUUGUGUCAAAUACUCAGUACGUCGCCUACACUGCCUUCCCUGUGAGUGGCAUCGACGGCAUCUGGCUGAGAGCCGUGUUGUUUCAGUGGAGCUGCGUUGCUGUGUGAUUGCAUUCAAGUGCCUGUUGAAUAUGAGAGUACAUCGAUCCUGCCAAAUGCAGGAGUUCUUACCAUGCGGUACUCAUGUGCACUCAGUGCACUAAGCCUGUAGUUGUGUCGUGACAUUUUUGCCUCUGACUUACAUGUUACACGUCUGAGACUCGUCAGUCCUAGCAUCCUGACCUCUGACUGUGACAUUAGUUUUUUUUUCCCCCCACACCUUGUUAUGUGACAUUUGUGGUGUUUCCAGUUGUCAAAAGGUACCGUCAUCCUGUGGACUAAUCAAGAAACAGACCAGUCUGGUUUCUUCUGAUAUGUUUUGGGUUUGUUUUUGUCGGAACAUGAAAAGCUUCUGAAAUCCCCCACGCUUUGACAUCCCUCCCCCCAAAAAAAUACCAGGAAUGCGUUUGCAAUUCUGUUUCGAAAGCUCUUUCAAAAGUCCCCGUAGCUCGUGUCUUGGGCACUGGCUUUGCGUUGCACGAAAUAUUGGCAGACAAAAGCAGAUUUUUAAAAAUGUUGAAAUUGGCGCUUGGGAUUUCUAACCAGACCAUCUCGAAAAGAAAAAAGCAGAACCAAGUUGGCAAGGAAUGAUCUGUCCUGGGUCCUGUGGUGGCGCAGCGCCUGCUGUCAUUCAGAAAUGUUGUCAUUGACUUGACACUUGUUUUCUGCAGGCAUCUAACAUGCAAAGCUCCAGUGGUCCUCAAGAUAGUUUGUUGAUGGCGUCGUACAGGGCAGAGAGGCAGAGUCCUCGUUCUUGCGCGCGAUCUCCAGGACUGCAGAAGACCCGUGUUGUGCAGUAGCUACCUGCAGCUGUUGUCUCGGCCUGCCUGACAGUGAGAUUUGUCUUUGUUGGCCAUGUUGUGCUUCGGCGGAUCUAAAAAGCCGAGUGCGAGUUUGUUGGCGUCCGCUCUGCGAGACCCGGAGAGAGAUUGUGAGAUUGUGAGAAUAUCCCAGUGGAAGACUGAGGUUUUAAGCAGGACAUAGGAGGGAAGAGGCACAGGGGUGUUUUUAGGGAUCCGUGUGUACAGAAGUUACUUCAGCCAGAUGGAAAGGUUGUUGUUUUUUUUAGGGUGGGGGCAGUGGCGGUGUUGAAUGGGGGGAGGCAUCAGAGGCUCAGAGUAAAAAACAGUGAAUAAUAUCACUAUUGUAUGAUCUGUUGUGUUGUUCUGUGCUUUGCUUAUGUCAUCAAAGAUUUUAACAACUGUAGGGCCAGUAAGCAUUCACUGGGUCAGGAAGUGUUGGUGUAUUUCUUUUUCUCUUCACAAUUUCAAAUUCCCCCUUGUUUUCAUCACCCGCCCCCACAAGCUCGUAGUUAAUAUAAAUGCCCUUAGUACGUGUCACCUGGGGGCUGUGCUGCUACUCAUUGACCAAUUUGAAGUUUAUGACGGGUCACCAAAAGCAAACCCGCUUCAUGGGAAUUGUUUUCCAGGCCCCGGCCCUGACUGACGUUCCUAAAAUCCCCUGUUCCCGCUGAUUUGCAUAUCGCAGCAGGACGCUUAGGAGUGAAGGAAAAACAAACCGUCCCCCGGGUGGCCCUGCGCCGACCUGUUCAAGGGGGGGGAUUUGCGAUGCAUUUAGCCGACGAAGCCCAGAGACACGAGUCAGUAAUUGCAGUAGACGCGGCGGGCUUGGGACUGGAGCUGCAGGCUGAAAGAGGAAGCGCUGAUAAGCGGCUGUUGUCGCAGCCCUUGUUGUGAGUGGUGCAGGGAGGACAAGGCCUGGUCCCUGCUGAGCAGCGAGCACAGCCUGACUCAAGAGCGUGUGCACACUGAUAGCCCUACAUGUCAGUGGCCUCAGCCACUGGCAUCCUUUUAUCGCCUGCUGUGCAGGAAAGGCAUGAAGGCUUAUGCUUUUUAUUUUAUUCCUUUUUUUUUUUAAACUCAAGCAUGCAUCUUAACCACAAUGGCUAAGGAAGCCCUUAUAACUUGUUUGGACUGGGGAGGGAGAAGGGGGGGCUCAAAUAUUAAAACACUUGGCACUUUUGUUGUUGUUGUUGUUUUGUCAUUUUUUUUUUUUGUUGCUUUGUGCAAAUUGGUAUGCAACAAGUUGUGAAGCUGCUGCAGAAGAUUGAGCUCGGAAGGGGUUGCGUUGUUUUGUUUGGAGAAGUCUCUUGCAGGCUGCCAGUGGUUUGAUCUUUUCUUCAAACGUCUUUGUGAAUUAUUUCGCCCGGCAGGUCCUGGGCAGGGUGUGACUUGGGCUCCUGCCUCCUCCCACAGGGGUGUUUGUCCCGUAAAUGAAACUACAAGUCAGAUUAGCACAGUUCCCCUGUUGUGGAGGGUCCAUUUUGGGGAGAUCGGUUGUCACCUGGAGCUGAACAAAAAAUAGUGAGAAAUAUCUAUUUUUUAAGGUCAUUAUAUAUCGUAUAGUAUUAGGUGUAAUGGUGUUAACAAGCUCCCUUGUUUUUAUGAACUGGUUUGAACAUAAAAGAGACUGACGUACUGUAUUUCCUCAGAGGGAUAUCCAAGCAUCUUCUUCAGAGAGAAGCUUGAUUUCUUAUUGGAAAGGGCAGCUGACUGACAGCCCCCUUAGCUCUGCUGAGGUGUAACCGCCUGAGCCUUCCUACCUUUCCCCAGGAGAGCUCAGGGGCGGCCAAGGUCUCCUCCUGCUCAGAUCACGCCCUGGAGUCGCCGGGAGCCCCGAGUCUGGGCCACAGAGUCAGUCUGGUCCCCAACACUGGAACAGGUGCUAAGGGGAGAGGGAUUCCCGACAGAAGUUUCACAGGCAAUAAAGGUAGUGUUUGUACCACAUUUGUCAUUUUAUUUUAUUUUCCUUUCCGAUAGGUCAUGAGCACUUGGCUUGCACGCUACUGUUAAUGUUCAAGAUGUUGGGUUCUGAAAGGUGGAUCUGGCGGCACCGGGCUUUGUGGGUGUUUGGAUCCCAAGCCUGUGCUUUUGUUUUAAACGAGUUGCAGUUACUGACUUGUUUCACCCACUUUAUUGUAAAUACCCUGUCACUGUUGAUGGCACGUGGAUUGGUACUGUAAAUAAAAAGAAACCAUAAUGCGUUUGUUUAAAAAUGA